CCUCUUAUGACUGAAGUGGUUGAGGUCUCUACUGUUCUACCAGAGUACCCUCAGUCCCAUGUAAGUGGAUAUACAUAUAUCAUACCAUGUAAUCCACAAAAGCCUUUGGAUUAUAGAGGUAUAAUGCGUGGGCUCAAGAACCUACAUCAUACAAAGGUAACAGAGGAGACCUGGGGUAGAAUCCAGGAAGUACGGCGCCUCAUUGAGAUGGCAGGGGAUGAUGAGAGAAAAAGGAAUGCAUUAGGCAUUUAUAUUGGUGAAAACCGGCUUUUCAAACAGAAAAAAGCAUGUAGAGUACCAAAUACUACAUGUAAACCAGUCUUUGGCUGGUCUAUAGAGCCAAAUAUUGCAGGCAUUUACCACCCUUACAUUUGUUGUAUUCAUCGGAAACCAUUGCAAGCUCAUAUACAGCCAGACCAUUAUUUCAAGAGUCUUAGCUUCCGGACUGACACUGAUCUUGUAUUACUUGGACAAUAUUUCAAUCAAGCAGUCCAGCCAGACCUUACACAAUGUGGAGCAAUUGAAAGUACAGGAAGUCGGAAGGCAGAAUGUAAAGAUAUUCAGAAGUGCCCUUACUUUUUAUUUACUUCACAUGGAAUCCAUACACACCCACCACCUCCUCCGACCAAGACACCUCUUGAUAUUCUUGAAGAAUUACGACGGAUUAUUCAGGAUAUAAAAGAUCCUGACAUGACAACUGGUUCCUUUCUCUGCAACCCUCGGAUCAUUGAAUAUUGCAAUGAAAGAAAUGCUGAGAGCCUUUCUGGUCUUCAUGCCACUCUUGUUACUCAAGAUCGAAUCAAGUCUUUGAUUGACAAAGAAAAAAUAGCUCUCUUCCCUAAAGGGCAAGAGGUAAAUGGUUUGAUAUUUCAAUGUCAAAGAGAGCCAAAGUUGAGGGAAUAUGUUCAACACACCUUUCAGGAUAAUGAGAAUACACUUAUUAUCCUUGCUCACCAAGCACAGUUUAAGCUAUUACAAUCUCUUAAGAUGUUUGAAGUUGAUAUGAACUAUAAACGGCUUAGGCGGAAGGAUUUGAAUGAGAUUGUUUUUGCAGCAUUUUUACCACUACAUGGAAAAGUUGUGACUCUUUGUCGGGCCUUUACAAAUCGCCAGGAUGCUGAUGGAUAUGAAGACCUAUUUCAAAAGGUCUUUGAACUCAUGGAAAAGCAUACUAAUCAGCCCAUUUGCUUUCAUUACUUACAUGGAAGUGGAUUUGAGAGUAUUACAUUAGAUAUGGAUGAGGGUCAGAUGUUAGGUCUUGGUCAGUAUCUCUCUAGUAUUGAUCCUGAACGGAGACCUGCAAGAUGGCAUAUUCCACAUAUUAUGAUCACCUGCCGUGUUCACUUUUUCCGAGGUAUUGAAAAGGCUAUUGGACAGAGGAAACGUGGUACAACUGCUUUUCAAACAAUGGCCUCAUUAUUAAACUGUGAAACACAGCUGGAUUAUUAUGAGAUAAUACAGCUUUUACAGGGAUAUGAAGAUGAGGCUAUUAUGCAUUGGGCAAGCCAUAAAGCAGAUCCAUUAAUUGCUGCAGGUUUAAAUAAAACCUGCUCAUCAAUGGAUUCUUCUUUUUUUGACAAUGCAAGAAUGCAUACAAAUGCAGGUGAGCAAUCACAUAAUAAGAUAUAUGUCUUUGGUGGAACCUGGCUUUCAAUAUUAAAGGCCGCACAAUGUGCACGUAUUUGUGAUGCAAGGGAUAUAGAUCAAUAUAAUGCAAGACAGGACCUUGGUAUUCAACAUAGCUAUCAAUCUGAUUCUAUUCCAUCCCGGCAUUCAAGGAAAAGCUUACAGGAAGGCAAGUAUGGUAAUAGUCUACUGGUUUAUAACUAG